UGGGCUGCUUCCCCAGUUGUCCUUUGCCGUAUUUAGGUGGGUCACAAUACUUUGAAUCCUAGAUGACUUCUGUCUCCGUCUCCUUCUCUCUUUCAAUAGUAAACUCCUCUUCCUCCGCAUCCCCUCUCUUCCUAUAUAUCACUCUCAAACCCCCCCUCCUCCUCCUCCUCUCUCCAAAAACCCAUCAACAAUGGCGACUUUCAAAUCCCCUUCAAUGUCCUCUCUUCUCUUUCUUUCCUUCUUCUUCUUCUUCUUCGCCUUCUCAUUCGCUCUCGACAUGUCCAUUAUCAACUACGACCAAGCCCACAAUCUCUCCGACUCCGAAUCCAUGGCGAUCUACGAGAAGUGGCUCGUCAAGCACGGAAAGGCGUACAAUGCGAUCGGAGAGAAGGAGAGACGGUUCGAGAUCUUCAAGGAUAACUUGAGGUUCGUUCAGGAGCACAAUGCGGUGAACCGGACCUAUAAGUUAGGGUUGAACCGGUUCGCCGAUCUGACGAAUGAGGAGUACCGGUCGAUGUUUUUAGGUGGGAGGAUGGAGAUAAAGAAGAGGCUGUCGAGUCCGAAGAGCGAUAGGUAUGUGUUUAGGGCUGGCGAUAGGUUGCCCGAAUCGAUUGAUUGGAGAGACAAAGGGGCCGUGUCUCCUGUCAAGGAUCAAGGACAUUGCGGGAGUUGCUGGGCGUUCUCAACAAUUGGUGCUGUGGAAGGUAUAAAUCAGAUUGUCACAGGAGAUCUGAUCCAGUUGUCAGAACAAGAACUAGUGGAUUGCGACAAAGCUUAUAAUACGGGGUGCAAUGGAGGUCUCAUGGACUAUGGCUUUCAGUUCAUCAUUAACAAUGGUGGCAUUGAUACCGAGGAAGAUUACCCUUACCGAGCUGUUGAUGGCACAUGUGACCAGAACCGGAAAAAUGUACGAGUUGUUAGCAUUGAUGGAUACGAAGAUAUUCCAGAAAAUGACGAGAAGGCGUUGAAGAAGGCUGUUGCCCAUCAACCUGUUAGUGUUGCCAUUGAAGCCGGGGGCAGAGCUUUCCAACUUUAUGAAUCAGGUGUAUUUACUGGACACUGUGGGACAAACCUUGACCACGGUGUUGUUGCUGUUGGAUAUGGUACAGAAGAUGGUGUAGAUUACUGGGUUGUGAGGAACUCUUGGGGUCCAAACUGGGGAGAAAACGGGUACAUAAGGUUGGAGCGCAACAUCAAUUCCAUUGGUGGCAAGUGUGGGAUUGCUCAAAUGGCCUCAUACCCCAUGAAGACCGGUUCCAACCCUCCUAAUCCCGGUCCAUCUCCUCCUACCCCAGUAAAACCCCCCACAGUCUGCGAUGAUUAUUACAAUUGCCCUGCAGGAACCACAUGCUGUUGUGUCUAUCAAUACAGUAGCUACUGCUUUGGUUGGGGAUGCUGCCCCCUCGAGUCUGCUACCUGCUGUGAUGAUCACUCUAGCUGCUGCCCACACGAGUACCCUGUCUGUGACGUUGAUGGCGGGACUUGCCUAAUGAGCAAGGACAACCCGUUGGGAGUAAAGUUGUUGAAGCAAAGUCCGGCUAGACCAAACUGGGAACGCCUGCAUGUCCGCGGAAACGUUGAUAGUGCUUGAGAAGCUUUGGUUUAUUUGGGGUAUGGGGAGUGGGAAAGGGGAAGAGAUUAUUACUUUGAAGAAUUGGGUCGGUCUUGGUUGAUUGUUUUCUGCACUGCUUAGCGGCAAGAAAGGUUGUGGAGAACAAAUGAAUCCCAUCGGAUUGGAUUCUAGUACACACCUGUGUGGACCCUGUCAGAUUGAUUUUAUUGUUUCUAACUUUGAGCUUUGUAAGUAACUUCUUUUUCAUUUAUAUUUGUUUAAGAGCAAGAAGGAAAAGAAAUUGGGGUUUAAAUAUUAUUCUAAUUGCACUUUGUGAACUAGAAUGCCAUUUGUAAUGCACACGGUACUUACAGGUUGAUUGUGUA